UCAGAUCCGAGCCUGAACUGUGUACGUGAAUGCAGCAGCAGGCAGUGAACGGGGUGUGACGUCACGUGCGGCCCAAUCACAGCAGCUGGAGCAGUGAGUAGUAUCGGUUCACGUUUUGCGGAGGGCUUUACGCUCCGAGUUGUCCGAGCGAACUAAAACUAAACACAUUUUUUGUUAUCGCCCUGAUUAUUUUCUGGUUUGAAACAGGAGGGAGCACACAGACUGGACCGGACCGGAGCACAUGGAAACACUAUGCGGCCGGAGAGACGGCGGUGGACAUCUUUCUAGUUUCAGUGGAGAGAAGAGGCGAAGCGAGGCGAGAUAAAAUGCUCAGCCCGACGCUGCUGGCCUCGUUUCUGCUCCUUUUCCUUCUCUGCCGAAGAUCUUUAUGUCAAUACUCAAGCGACCAGUGCAGCUGGAAGGGAAGUGGUCUGACCCAUGAAGGGCACGCCAGGGAUGUGGAACAGGUGUACCUACGUUGCUCGCAAGGAUCUUUGGAGUGGCUCUACCCCACGGGCGCCAUCAUCGUCAACCUCCGACCCAACACGGUGUCGCCUGCCACCGCCCGCCUCUCGGUCUGCAUCAAACCCUCCAAGGACUCCACUGGCACAAACAUCUACCUGGACCGCAGUGGCAAGCUGCGGUUACUGCUGCGUGAGCAGGACCAGGGUCAGGGGCGGGUGCACUGCUUCGGCAUUCAAGAGGGGGCGCUCUUCAUCGAGGCCGUCCCACAUACGGACAUCAGCCGGAGGAUUACGGCGUUCCAGUACGAGCUGGUCAGCGACAGGCUGAGAGCAGAGGCGCUCUUACCUUCUGCACCCUGUCAACCCUGCAGUGAUGAUGAGAUGCUUCUAGCAGUCUGCACAAAUGACUUUGUGGCACGGGGCAGCAUUAGGAAAGUGGACCAGGAAGACGAGUACUCGUCUGUCACAGUGGAGAUCAGUCGCCUUUACAGACAGAAGACGCAGGUCUUUGCGUCUGGGGGGGUGAGGGUACGGAGCUGGACUGGCAACAUCAAGAUGCCCCUGCGGUGUAAGGUGAAGUCCGGGGAGGGGGACUUCCUUUUUACCGGGACUGUGAGGUUUGGGGAGGCCUGGAUGGGUUGUGCUCCUCGCUACAAAGACUUCCUGCGGUUGUAUCGCGAGGCAGAGCAGCAGGGGAGCAACCCCUGCCAUGUGGACACGGACUGAGUGGAAACGCAGCGAGUCCUCGUUGAGCUGAGAGUUUGAGCCGAGCGGAGAGAAGCUGACGGACUGACAAAGAGCCUCGCUUGCCUUCGUUGUCUCCUGAAUCAUGUGUGCAGCUCCUGAAUGUUGCCAAGCAGCAUACUAGCAGUUUCAAAGCUGGAAUGUGUUCAGAUCGUCUUUUCAAACACACGGAACUGCCAAGUUUUAAAUGUAGCAAAAAAACUUCUUUUUUUUUUUAUGUGAAUAAAAUGUGAAUGAAUGUUGUACAUUUUGAAGCUCUGCGUGCUUUGUAAAAAGGCUUGAUGUACAGAUCUGUAUUUGUUU